AGUGGUUUACGGUACAUAUGACCGAAUCUCCGUUUUGCUUUCUUUAUUAAUAUCGAAUGGGUUUCGUACUGUAGCUUUGCAGCUUCCGCAGACAAUUUAGUUAUACGCCUUACGCCUUAAAGUUUCCUCGCGGUUGGUCCCCCCCCCCCCCCGCCGGCUGCCCAAUGGCACUUUUGGGGACGUUAUUAUUAGUUUUGCUGUUGAUCAAUGCAGGUGUCCAUUUAGUUGAAACUCUCACAACGUUUAACCUGACGCCCAUGACAAUGCGCGAAUGCAACGCUCGGCCGACAAAUCCCUGCGGACCGCUGACGUUGAAGAAGUCGGAUUGCUAUGCCUAUCAGAAGCCGGGUCGAACGGCCAUGCAUUCGGGGGUAGCAGUACCGGUAGCAGUUUCCUCCCAGGAUGACGUAACGCUGGGUGCGGUUCAGAGGCAUGUACGAUUGGUGUGCACCGCCAGUGAAGUCAGUGCAACGAAAGAGGAUUUUGUUAAGCAAGUGAAGGCCAUCCGCAAAUGAAGCGCUGAUCGCGCCGUCUGGACACAAAUUGAGAACGUUGAUUUCUUGACGCCGGAUACCCUAGGACUCAUCGGUCAACAGGUCGUUGUCCUGCGACUGGCAGACUUCGACCAAUCAAAUGUCACAUCGUUACUGCCGGCGCUGCGAUUGGAAAAUCUCGUGGAUAUAUUAUUUAAUACGCGACUGACCAGUCUCGUUCUGCGCAAGAGUGACUUUAGCUCGUUGCAGAGUGUGAAAAUCAUUGUCUUCCGUGACACGCAAAUUGCUUCUGUGGAAGAAGGAACAUUCACCGACCUUCCCAAUUUGAUGUAUUUGGCGCUGGAUGAUGAUAUCAGGAGUGUAGUGGAUUCUGUGCGCAAACUGCAUUGCGAUCCACAGUAUAAGUGGUUGUGGGCGUUUGUUACUUCCCACCGGCUGCACCGGAAGUACGAUUUGGGUGAGGUGUAUAAAAUUGGCGGUUUGUCCAACGAAGUCUUAACGGAGAAAGACCCGUAUGACGUUGUGUUUUGCACCACGCCCAACGAGACGCUUGUUACUCUUAAGACAAAGGAAU